AGUAGGGUCUACAGUAACACGGAAAUUUAUCAUAAAAACUCUAAACCUUAAUUCCAUUUGAUAAUCAUUGUCGCCACCGCCACCGCCACCGCUACCACCAGGAAAGCAUCAGGGAUACAACCGCUAACCGAUAAGCUCCGGGGCAAAAGAUGGCUCACAUGGACGCCCAGAUUGGAGGAGGACAGCCGAAUGAAGGGGACGGCUCGAUGCCUUUGAUAGCAUGGUGCCAACGGUUUCCUAAGGACGCUAAACACCGACUCAAAGAAAUUUUCUAGUGUCAUUUCUAACCAUUUUGUAAUUGUCGUUUGAAUCUUUACAGUGAUAUUAUUAUUAUCAACUUUACCCUCUCUUUUAUCAGAAAGCUCACGAAGGCACUGUCCGACGUGCAUUCCCUAGAAGCAUAUCAUGGGAAUAUGUCGGAGGGGAUAUACAUGAAUGACAAAGAUGGACUGAUUAUUUCGAAUGAUUUCAUAUACCCAUUUGGAGUUGGAGGAGCUUCAAUACGAUACAAGCAAAACGAAGACAUAGCAGAUCUACAGGGACUGCUGGGAAAGAUAGUUGGUCAUCUCAGGGAGACCCUAAAGAUUGACACCCAACCGGAGGACGAGUUUCUGCAUGAUCUUUCUUGCGCACAGAACGACCAUAGGCGUUUGGAGCUGUUGGGAAACGGUCAUCACCCAUACUUUUUGGUCCGGAGACGAAGAGGUUGAUUUCGUACUUAAUUAUUCGGAAUGCACUAAGGAACUGAGUGAGGCUUCCCGUGAGAAAUAUCGGCAGGCAUGCGAUGAGGCCUUUGGACGGGAUUGGACGGCCGGAAUCAAGAAGGGUUCAAUCAUGCAGGACGCUGCAAGAACCAAUGUUACUGUGAGACCGCACAAGCUGGAAUUGGGCCGGAUAGCAAAGAAAUACCAACAACCGACCGGCGCCGUCCACCUCGGGCGGAAUACAUAUGUACACUUCCCAGAUUUCUCCAAGGAGGAGCGAUUGACGAAGUCGGAAAAAGGGCAGCGGAUAUGGGAAGGGCGAGAUAACUAUAUAUUGAUGGUCUAUCGUUCUGCUGUGAACCUUCUGUCGAAGUUAGACGGAGAUGAGCGGAAUGCUUUGCUUGAAAAGCUAGGCUGGUCUGGGAUCGCCUCCGGGGUUGGUGGAAUGGUGAGCAGGGCAGUACCUACGGGGAGCUCAGCGGUCAGUUGGCAGAGGGGAGCCGGAACAAGGGACGGCCAAAUCCCAUUAGAUCGGAUUAGAUCAUAUCAGAUCAGCAAGAGAUCGCGUCGUACCUGAAGGAGACCAUCAAAUUUUAAUCUGUCGAUUAUUUGCACGGACCAAUUGUUCCCGCAAGUCUUCAAAUCCAGUGGAAGAUCUCCUGAGAAACUCUUGCAUUGCUCAAUUCGCCCUGUACAAUUGAUAUAAAACUUAUAUUGUACAGGUGACAUAUGACCCGAACAAGCAUGCAUGUCCCCUUUCGGUGGGAUAUCAUCCAUCUGGGGGUAUAUAUUGCAGUUAAUGUAGCAUUCUCGUCGUCUUUCAAUAUAGCUAGAUGAGCUUUUCAGUUAUCGGAGCA